AGGGAUCCCAUACCUGUAUAAGCUUUUAUAUUUUGUUAAUAUAAUAAUUGUAACUUAAUUUUUCUCAGUUUAGGCUUGAGUCAAAAUUUUCAGUCCAUCCUCAGUCACAAAUGCCUUUCAUAUGCUAGAUGUUAUAUGUAAACAUAUUUAGAAGUGAAAUCAAGAAAAAUGUUCUCCCCUGCUCAGUAUAUUGGACCCUAAAGCAGAUUGUAAUACUGACCCUUCUGUCUGGUAAAUGAUGUUACCACUGAGUGCUCAUUCAGAAAUUCCACAUUUUAUAAGAUAGGAAAACACCUAGAAACCCAAACGAGACAAAACAGCAGCAGGCAAACUUAUCAGGUAGAGAUAAGAGCAAAGUGCCAUGAUAUCCAGGGUGAAUUUUCAAUAUGUUGGCUGUGGUUUACUGUAAAAAGAUAAUCUAUUAGCUAGUGCACAACAUAAUAUUUGAACAGUAAAAAAUUAACUUGGAUCUGGAUGUAUUUCAAUUUCCAGUGCAAAAGUUUUACUAUUUCAGAUAUACAGUAAAUUCAAAAUGAAACACCCAACCUACUUAUUUUUUUCUGAAUGCCUAUGUUACUAGAAGUAAAAUGCCAUGUUCCAAUUAUUGGCAAAAAAUGACAUUGUUUUCUACCAUAACUGUAAUUAGAAUAGCAUAUGCUUCUAAUAACGCAGUUAAUAAUAUGCAAUAAUUUGCCAAAGCAUGUGAUUUCCCACUGGAUAUUUUGCGCUUGAUAAAUUCCAACAGGGAGUAAUUGUAGGUGUUAAAGCAUCAUAACCACCUAAUAAUUAUCUCACAUGAGAUUCCACAUGCCACUUUAGUAUAAACAAAUAAAAAUAUUAUCAUGUAAGGGAAAUCUGUCAGCAAGUCUCCAGGUAGGCAGAUAUUUUUGCUCUUAUAGUUAAUGAACCUUGUUAUGAAUAUUACGAGUAAACAAUAAAGGAACAUUAAAAGGGUACUAACUCCUCAGGAAAAAAUGUGCAGUUUGCUCCUAUUUUAGCUGAUCUGAUUAGGGUUGCCACCUGUUUGGUUUUGACCCGAAAAGUUCAGUUUCUUUUAGACCUGUUCGGGUCUCAACUGUCUGUUUGGUUUUCAGCCUUGGAAGGUUGCUCCUUCCUGCUGCAAUUUAGCUAUUUCUGGUUCACAUAGUGAUAAAUUUCUAACUUUGAUAUUUAAGCUGCUCUGUGGAUUCAGGGACUGGGAACACUAAAAUACAGUUUGGUUGGUAUAAUGAUGAGUGCAUAAAAUUUUAAAUCCUAGUCUGUGGUGCAGCAUAAUCAAGUGCUGGAGCACUAAAUACACAACCUAGUUAGGUACCCAUAGACAUACGCAGACUAAUAUUGGUGAACGUUUACUGUAUAUCAUUUUUGUACACAUAAAUAAAAUGGUCAGCAUCAAAUAUUACCCAUUUAACUUGCUUGAAUUUGUUUUCUUGAGACCCUGUGAGGUCCCAUUCUAUUUCACUUUAACUAAUAUUGCUGUAUAUUCUGCAUGUCCCUAAGUUGCUUUCAGUGACUGUCCAUAUGCUAAAAUUGAUACUGACACAAUCUUAUUUUUACAGAAAUCUGUCAUAAACCUUUCCUUACCCCACCUAGUCGGUACCUAUUUGGAACUUCAACCAUCCUUCUUCUUUGCAUGGCUUACUAUUCAUGCAGCUGUUACUCUAAUCCUGGGGGAAAUGCAAAUGUCUGAAUGCUGAUGUAAACAACAUCCCUCCUAUUUGUUCUUGAACUGUCCCCAAAACCCAGCAUUAUGACUGUACUCUUUCUGGAGCAACCAGAGGAGGAAAAGAGCUUAGUUUGUCAUAAAAAAGGGACAAUACCAAUGUUAUGUUGGAUUUUCCCCAAGUUCCACUUCUUCUGACCAGUUAAUAACUCGACUGGUACUAAGCACCCUAUCUUGAGGGCAACUUUAGUGACCAUUUAAAAGCAUAAGGCUGCAAGCCAAGUGCUUUUAUACAGGUCACAGACAACUUCUAAUAUCUUCAUAUAUUUUUGUAUGGGGGGGGUACAUUAUUCAUUAUAAUCUGCAGAUUAAUGUAUAUUGCUAACUUAAAAUCUACUGGGAGCUUUCUUCCUUAGCACCAUGAUCAACAAAACCAUUCCCAAACCAAGCGCACAACACAGGCCACAGUGUGGACUUGGCUGCCAGUUCUGAUGUCAGAGCGCUCUGUGAUUUAGAAAUGACCUGCAGACUGUAGAUUAUAUAGUGAAUAAUGUACCCCCUGUUGUAAAAUAUAAGGAUAUUAUGUCACCAAGGAGGUCAUGGAACAGGGGUUAUAAUAUUUACACACAUGUUUUAAUGAGUCAUGUGACAGGAAUUACAUUACUAAGCACCGAUUCUAACUGAUGACAUCACUAAGCACUGUUUAUAAGAAUAUAAUUUACAGGAAAUUCAUGGCUAUUGCGUGUUAUGAAGAUAUUUGGAUAUGUACAGUAUACAUACAAGUUAAAUUGCAGUUUGACGGUUUAAAUAUUAGCCAUUUAAGAAGCUGAGAAGAGGCUGCAAAACUGACAGGUACAAAUGUCAUAGAAGUUGGCAUAGCUAAUAAAACAUAAUAUAUGUAUAGUGUAUAGUAAGUUAUUAUGCAGUUUCUGGACAAGUUUACAGCACUUGCGCUGGCUUUUUGAAACCAGAACUGUCAAGCUUUUGCCCUCUGAUGAGGCCAAACAGUCACUGUCACUGUUAGCCAGUAACUGGUGGGAUAUUUAGUUUAGAAACAGCUAACAUUAUUGGUUUAGACCUCAUUCUUAUAAAAGAAGAACUCUGAUAAAUGUGCCAUUGUUUUUUUCUGUAAAUCUUUUCCUUUUUAUUACACAGUAUAUAUAAAGCCAACAAUGGGAACUGACUGUUUGCCUUCAAAUAUGUCAUACAGACCUUUGUGAUAAAUGGAUCUUAUCAGGUUCCUCAUGUGUCGGCUAAAAACUGCUGAAAAAAAAUACGUCAUUAACUCCAGAUAUGUAUCAGGCUGAUGCUUUGUAUACACGACCGACAAAGAUAUAAAACAAAAAAAAUUAUCCAAGCUACAUUCAAUACCAAUUAUGCGUAGAUGCAAGCUUAAAAACACAGAGUGUUCUGGGGCAUGGAAUUUUCAUGAGAAAAAAGAAAACACCCAAAGUACAACAACAGGAGAUAUAAUUUUAAAUUAGAAAACAGCACAGUUAAAAAAGAAGCCUUUCAAGAAGGUUUUGGAACAAUGCAGAUACAAUACUGCUAUGAGUCUAUAAACAGAUCCUGUGAAAAGAAUGGGUGGUCAAACAAUAUAAGGAUCCCCAUGUAUGUCUUCAUGGUAAGCACAAUACUAGCAACAGUGGUCGGCAAUCUUGCUGUUAUCAUCUCUAUUGCCCACUUUAAGCAGCUUCAUACUCCAACAAACUACCUAAUCCUCUCCAUGUCUACUGUAGACUUUUUGCUAGGAAGUUGUGUGAUGCCCUACAGCAUGGUGAGAUCUGUGGAAAACUGCUGGUAUUUUGGAGAUCUCUUUUGCAAAGUCCAUACCAGUACUGACAUUAUGCUCAGCACAUCAUCUAUUUUCCACCUCUCCUUCAUUUCUGUAGACAGAUACUUUGCUGUGUGUGAUCCUUUGAGAUAUAAAACAAAAAUGAAUGUAUUUUCUGUUUCUCUGAUGAUCGUUACCAGUUGGGUGGUGCCUACUAUUUUUGCCUUCACAAUGGUAUUUCUGGAGUUAAAUAUUAAAGGAACAGAAAGCUAUUAUUAUAAUCAGGUCAGUUGCUUUGGAGGAUGUGCUGUGUUUUUUAGUCAAACCUCAGGUCUUGUGGCCUCCAUGGUAUCAUUUUAUAUCCCUGGAUUCGUUAUGCUUUGCGUUUAUGGGAAGAUAUAUGUAAUAGCAAGGAGACAAGCAAGGUCAAUUAAAGAUUCAGCAAACCAAAUGCCAUUCCAGAUAACUCUUGGAGUAAACCAGCAUGUGUCCCGAAGCAGAGAUAGGAAAGCAGCAAAGACUUUGGGUAUAAUAAUGGGAGUUUUUCUAAUUUGUUGGACUCCAUUCUUUUUCUGCACUGCUACUGAUGGAUUCAUUAACUACGUUAUCCCACCAAUUGUCAUUGAUGCAUUUGUAUGGAUCGGAUAUUUGAAUUCUACCUUUAAUCCAAUGGUUUAUGCUUUUUUCUAUCUGUGGUUCCAGAGAGCAUUACGAAUGAUUCUUUUUGGUAAGGUUUUCCAUCCAGACUCUUCAAGAACCAUUUUAUAUUCAGAGUGAACUGUAAGGCACUCUCUGUGGGCCAAAAGGUACAACUCAAGGGUUAU